UAGAGCGAGAUUUUUAGUCUGUCGUCUGAUCCCGUUUCGUUCACUUGUAGAAGCAAAGUAUACCUUACUAAACAUGAACAAAUUAUUGAUUGUCCUGUUGGCAGUAUGCCUUGUUAAUGUACACGCAUUUGUGAAACGCGAUACAGCAGCCACAGCAUCCAAUGACGACGUCUUGAAAAAUCUACAGAAACAAUUCGAAGAAACCGCUAAGAAUAUUGGUACACAAUUCCAGAGUACAUUCGACGCUGAGAAAUUAAAGAAAGAAUUAAAUGACGCUAUAGAAAGUAUUAGUAACACUGUAAGCCAACUGACGAAGAAAAAUACAUCGAAGUAAAAUAGGGUCUACACGAAUAUUUAAAACUGCCAUUUUAAUAGUUAUAGUUGAAUACUAACAAUAAUGUGAAUAUUAAAACACAAAUCAAUAAUAAAAACAAUAAUACAUUCUACAUAUUGGAUA